AUGUCUAGGAAUUACGACAACAGGGAGAGGCUGGUGGCGGCGGUGGUGAAGAGAGAGCAGAUUUGGAAACUCUGUCAUCAAGAUUCUAUCUCCACCAUCUGCGCCUCUGACUACUCAUCAGAUCUAGAAUUGGGUUUGCCACUUUCACUUGGGAGCUUCCACAUUACUGCUACUUUCGAUUUGGUUCAACACCUCAACUAUGGGAAAACGGAUCUGGUUCAACUGUUGCGGGAUGUGCAGGUGUCGGACCAACAAUGUUUUCGUUCGGGAAGUAGAGCCGUCAUCAAGUUAAUGGAUACUGCAAGCAUAACAAAAUAUGAAUUCGAGCAGCAUAUGAUUGUGUUGAGAGAUUGUAAGCAUGAAAAUGUGGCCACACCAUGGGCGUACCACUUGUCUGAGGAGAGGAAGCUCAUGGUCUAUGAUUACUAUAGCCAGGGAAGUGUGUUUGAUAUGUUUCGAGGAAAUGGAAGUAGGCCUGAUUGGGAAAGCCGCGUGAGAAUUGCGGAGAGAGUGGCUUAG